AAAAAUAAGUGUGGAUAAGUCAAAUCUUUAGCUUAUAUAUAUGCACAUCUCAAGCAGCCUUUCAGCUCGUUGCCCCAAGAUAAAGGAGGAGUAGAAAUCUCCUAAAAAUGACGGAUGCCUCAAUAUCUGUUCUUUAAAAUGGGCGUGGGCGUGGGCGUGGGCGUGGGCAUGGGCAUGGAGGAUAUAAAUGGAUAAUAUAUAGUAAGAAAAGAAUGGGAGAGACGGUGACAUAACAAGCAACAGGGUUAGGGCGCCAGCGAAUUUGACGGGCAAAUCACUAACUCCUAUUUAUGGCGUCAUUGGCACCAAUAUUUCAUGAUCAUUAUUUGCCUCGAUUUAAGCACCAUUCUCAUUCCAAUAACAAUUCCUUCUUAUGUUCCAAUCCAUAUUCCUCCUCUUACCCGUACUGUUGUUCUUCAUCGGCGUCCUUUAAUUGGAAGAACUUUGUCAUCUUUUCUGCAGGCAUAAAUAGUUUUUGGAGAAAUCGAAGCCUUAGAGCACAGGUGAUGAGUUCAACUGAAAGAAGUGUUUUGUCACCAAGUUGGUUGUUGGACAUGGAGGAUAAGCCUGAGCAUCUUCUUGUUCUUGUUCAUGGCAUCUUGGCAAGCCCAAGUGAUUGGACGUAUGCACAAGCAGAGCUUAAAAAGCGGUUGGGAAGAAACUUUGUGAUCUAUGCAAGUUCAUGUAACACUUUCACUAAAACCUUCUCCGGGAUUGAUGGAGCUGGGAAAAGGCUAGCAGAUGAAGUCAUGCUGGUUGUAAAGAAGCGAGAGAGCCUAAAGAAGAUUUCCUUUCUAGCUCAUUCUCUUGGUGGAUUGAUUGCAAGAUAUGCUGCUGGUGUUCUUUAUACAUCAACCAACCAUAGUGACCCUUCUGAUGAUGUGGUCGCUUCAACUAAUGCAAACUUCAAAAUGACAUGCUUCUCAAAUAAAGGCUUAAUUGCUGGGCUGGAACCAAUCAAUUUUAUCACCUUGGCAACGCCACAUCUUGGUGUGAGAGGGAAAAAGCAGCUUCCAUUUCUCCUGGGAGUUCCUAUAUUAGAGAAACUCGCAGCACCAGUUGCUUCCAUUUUUGCUGGUCGAACUGGUAGUCAGCUCUUCCUCACAGAGGGCAAGCCCAACAAACCACCUCUUCUACUUAGAAUGGCAUCCGACUGUGAUGAUGGUAAAUUUAUAUCGGCCCUCGGUGCUUUCAAAUGUCGUGUUCUUUAUGCUAAUGUCUCUUAUGACCAUAUGGUUGGUUGGCGUACAUCCUCUAUAAGAAGGGAGACAGAACUUUUCAAGCCACCUCGGCGAUCUUUGGAUGGAUACAAGCAUGUUGUAGAUAUGGAAUAUUGUUCAGCCGUUCCAUCUGAAGGUCCCCAUUUCCCUCCUGAAGCAGCCAAAGCAAAGGAGGCAGCUCAAAAUGCACCCAGCGCACAGACCACAUUGGAAUACCAUGAAAUUAUGGAAGAGGAAAUGAUACGUGGCUUACAGCAGUUAAGUUGGAAGAAAGUUGAUGUUAGCUUUCACUCAGCGUUUUGGCCUUUCUUCGCCCAUAACAAUAUCCAUGUAAAGAAUGAAUGGUUUCACAAUGCUGGAGCUGGAGUAAUUGCACAUGUGGCGGACCAUAUAAAGCAACAAGAGAAGCAACAGGAAUACUCAUUUUUAACUGCUAGUUUGUAGUUCAUGCAGCUGUUCAACAAUUGAUAUUGUUUAGAAAGGAAUGACGCUAGUUUCUUCCUUCUAAUAGCUAUAAUUGAUUGCAAUGUUACUCUGUUUUAAGUUGCUGUAAAGUACUUGGGCAAACUGCAAAAACUUUAGGAAGUCGUGGAACUGGGCAAUGUUAUACUAAAAUGGUGUUGCUUUCGUUGUGCAA